GACCUAAAGUCCCUAUUACAUUCUAAAAUACAUCAUCAUCAAAAUCUAUGAUAUUUUUCCCAACAAGUUGAAUUUCAUGGGAGAGUAAGAGAACUGGCAAAUGAGGCUGAAAAUCUGAAAAGGCCCUUCACGGAAGAUUGUCUAGUAUUGAAGGUACUGAGGGCUUUACCCGAGAGCUAUGCAAUGGAUGCCAAAGCAAUUCGCCAAGCACAUGACAUAAAGAACAUGACACUUGAUCAGCUGAUGGGAAAUCUCGAAACCAUUGAGCUCCAAAUGAACGAAGAAAUCAAACAGAAGAAGAGUUUCAAACAGAUUGCAUUCCACAGCCACACUACUGAAGAAGAAGAAGAUGAUGAAGAUCCAUCAGAUGGAGAUUAUCAAGAGAAGUUGCCCCUCAUCACCAAGCAGUUCAAGAAGCAAUGGAUGCAGAAAAAAAGAAGAACAAAUUAUCAGGCUGAAUCCUCAAAAGGGUUUCAAUUUAGAAAUCCAAGGCCAAAGGAGAGCAGGGCACCAACUGAUGACUCCAAACGGAGAGGACCUCAAUGCUUUGAAUGUGGGGGUUUUGGACAUAUUCAAUCAGAGUGCGCAAAUAAUCUCAAAAAGAAACGACAAGCCUUUGUAUCAACCUGGAGCGAUGAAGAAGAUGAUACUGAAGAAGUCUUGGGGAACAGCAACUGUGCAUUCACCACACAAGUUCACAAUGAAGAUCCAGAUAGUCUCACUAAUCAACUUGUGGUGCUUCAGAAAGAGUUGGACAGCCUUCGUAGAAAACUUGAUGAAACUAUGCAGCAACUGGAACAGGUUGAAGGGGAAAAGGCAAAUCUAAACUAUGAGCUCACUCAACUGAAGAGCUACCAAAAGUGGAUGAAAAGCGCAGGAUCAAGUUUCGGGCUUGAACGAGCUUCUAAGAAGAUAAAAUCGACGUUCGGGCCGAAAAUCCGUGAAAUUGGGCCAAGAUCUCGUAACAGCCGCGAAGCCCAACGGACCAAGGCCUCAAGGCGUCCAACUUGGACGCUUGGCCAAGUUGGAUGCUUGGAGUUGGAUGCCUUGGCUGGAUUGCAUAUCAAGGAAGACACGUGGCAAGCAGUGAAUGGACGGGCCGCUGGUUAUUACGGUCCGCCUUCUUACUACCAAUCACCCAACCGCCCUCCGUACCAUCCACCUUACUACCCACAUCAGAACCCAUAUGAUGAUGACUACCAAGUCGACAAUGGGUCUGACUACUAUCCUUACCAUGAGGAACCACCAUAUGAUACCCCAUCUAGAAACGUUGGAUAUUCUCCAUACCAAGAUUCUGAUGGGGAUAAUUAUUAUGAACCUCAUGGUGACCAAGAUGACUAUGACCAAUUUGGGCCUAUGUGCGACGAUCAAUCUGAUCCACUUGUCGAAGAGAUCAUAAGAUUAGAACAAAAAAUUUUCUAUUUCGACGAAGUCUUAUUCGCUGAAGGCUCCUGGUACGAACCACCCUACUGCCGUGACUACACCCUGCUUGCUGAAGAACAAAUUGAGGCAAACAAGGUGGCAAUUGAAAAAAGAGAAAAACUUCUUGAAUCAGUCCGGAAGGAAAGGGAGUUUGAAAGGAGAUUAUGCGAAGAAUCAGAAAGGAUGAAGAAAAUGUUGAACGACUUCCAAAGAGAGAGACUUGAAGCCGAGGCUAAAGCUGAUGAAUUAGUCAACGAUCUCUGUAAGGCUAUUGAGCUUAAACGCUCCCUCCAAUCUCAAAAUCAAAUGAGGGAGAUUGAUGCUCAGAAAGAGGCUCUAGAACCUAAGACCAACCCUGAACCAUUCAAUCAACAGGUUCCAGUUCUAGAAGAUUCACCCAGUCCUAGCCAAGUCCCAACCAGCAUAGUCGUACAUGAGGUGGAACCAACUAAGGGACCUGACUCAGAACCACCUAGGCUUAUUCAAGAAAAGAAGGAGGAGGAUGUUUUGCCUAUGGCAAUAAGCGACCAUCUCCUUCAUUGUGUUGAAGACACACCUCGAGAGGAAUCUGUUCGGGAGGAAAUAGAGCCCAUUACCUGCCCCCAAGAUAUCAAUGUCCAAGAGUCCGAGCAGGAAUCUACAGGCGAGGAAAUACUUUGCAUAGAAAAGCCAACUCCGUCUAUAGAAACCUGUGUACGUAAUGCUUCAUCUGAAGACUCAGACCAAACCUUCUUUGACUCCCUAUUUGACGGGUGUGACGAUAUCUGCCCGAAGGAUGGUUGGAGCUUAAGGAGUUGGGAUGAACUUCUAAUGAGUGACACUGAAGACUCAUCCAUAGGGGAAGGCACGGUCAUAAUCAUCAAACCACAAACAGAUAGUCAGCCUGUCGAAGAUAAGGAAGAAAUCAAUUUCGCAAUCAAGGCUAAUAAUGAGGAUCAACUGAGGAGACUUCCGCCACCACCCACCUAUCUAGAGUCUCCUCCUUUUAUCCUGUUGCCGCCAAGCCGCAGGGACGAGUCAAGGAUCCUGGACCUUGACCGAGUAACAAAUCAAACAAGGUGGCACCAGAAGAGAGUCAGAAGGGCCAAACUUUAUGACUCUCGGAUCGGGAAGUCGCGGAAAAAGUGGGACAUUGAUGAAUUGCUGUACGACCCAAAAUGGAGGAUCCUGCUAUUCCUGCAUGCACCAGCCAGCCUGGAAGUCACCAUUGAGUUUCUUUGCUCUCUCCGCUUCCUCAAUGACGGAGAGGAAGUAAAAGGAUUAUAUAUGUCCGUUCCCAAUGUUCUUCCAGAAGCUGCAAGCAUGUUCCGACCACCGACACAAUAUUUGGCCCAGAUUGUUUAUAAUAAGGAAGACAAGGAGGCACGUCCUAGAAGGCAGCAUACGAUUCCUAUGACCCUUCGCGAGCUUUCGCAAGCUAUGUUUGCAUUUCAAGACUCUGUAGACUCUCGCUUAAGGAGCAUAGAGACGCUCCUUCUCACGCAGCAGUGGCAAGUGGAGGAAAUACUUGACUACGUCCGGGAACAGGGAACAAAGAAAGCCGAGCAUGGGGCAGGAUCAAGUUUCGGGCUUGAACGAGCUUCCAAGAAGAUAAAAUCGACGUUCGGGCCGAAAAUCAGUGAAAUUGGGCCAAGAUCUCGUAACAGCCGCGAAGCCCAACAGACCAAGGCCUCAAGGCGUCCAAAAUGGACGCUUGGCCAAGUUGGACGCUUGGAGUUGGACGCCUUGGCUGGAUUGCAGAUCAAGGAAGACACGUGGCAAGCAGCGAAUGGACGGGCCGCCUCAAAAAAGAAGGCAAAAGGGCAAAAUCCCGUUCGUUGGUCAAAAAGGAAAACCAGAUCUGAAGCAGUUAUGGAUGAAGAAUCUCCCCCAUCAACCAAGAAGUGCAAGGCCAGCACCACAAGUCCACCUACUUCCUCAAAGUCUAAAAAGGGUAAAGAUCCGAAUCAUCACUCAGGGAAGUCCUCAACCUCUAUUUUUGUCACUACUGCUGCUAAAUCCUAUUUACCUGUAAUUAUGAGGAAGAACAUUUUGCCUCAGCGAAAUAUUGACUUGGGAGACUUUGCUUUGAAAACCACACUCAUUCCUCUGUUAGAAGCUAGGAAUUUGUUGAAAUCUGUAACUCUCCCUGGUUCCUAUGUCAAACAAGUCAUCCAUGAGUUUUAUUGCAAUUUGGGUGAAGAUUUUGUGAAUCCCGCUGCUGUGUCUUUUGAAAAAGUUUUUGUCAGAGGGAAACUAUACACUUUUUCGUCCACUGCUGUUAACAAGUUUCUAGGAUUAGAUGAUGAUCAGGAUGCAUUGGUAAGUGAGGUCACCAUGUGGAAGGAACUCACUCACGGAACCAGGAAAAGCCAACACCCCUCCAACAAAGUUCCCUCAUCAAUCCUGAAUAGCUCCUACUCCAUAUUGCUCAGAGUUGCUGCAUGUCACUGGCUAGCCACCUCCCACACCAACACAGUGACAAAAGCCAUGGGGAUGUUACUAUAUAAGAUCAAAAACAAUGUUCCUGUCAAUCUUGGAAAGCUAAUAGUUGCUCAAAUUGCUGAAUUUGGGAAGCACAACUAUAAGCAAAAUGAUAAUGGUCUGCCCUUUCCUGUGCUAAUAUUUCAGAUGCUUGUCUCACAGGGCUUUACUAAAAAGGAUGCUGAACAAGAAGAGUCACUGGAACCACUGCUGCAGAUAGACAAUCGCCAUUUUGAGGGGAAGCACUUCAAUGAUAUGGUGACAGCUGAACAAGCAACUCAUGCUAUGCAAGGCGUGCUCAAGUAUCUGGAACACAAGCUGCAACAAAAUAAGGAAGCACUUCGCCUGGUGGAUCAACAGAGGAGAGCCCUUGAGGAAGAGCACCAGAGCCUCUUCUGGCUGCAUGAACAUGUUGCACAAAGUCCUCAAGCAGCAGGUGCAUCAUUUCAGGGGGAGAGUACAGAGGAGGAGGAAGAUAAUACUACAGCUGGAGAAGACCUUCUGGAGAAGGAUUCCUACAAAGCUGCCAUAGAGUUCCAUGCAGUCUAGGAUUGUGAUUUGCUGUGGAAUUCAAGUGUCAUGUAAUCAUCAUCAAGAACAAUCAAAUUGAUUAAAUGUGAAAUCAUGUU